UAAUUACUACGACUGUUUUCCAUUGGAUAUUAACGGUUAUAUAUUAAAUGUGUUAUGCUCGUGAUACCUUUUGUUAGACUUAGUAUUCAUCGUGACUUCAUUGAAGCCGCUGGAAAAUAAUGUCAUGUUGGGGCUUAUGUUUCUCGGAGUCCUCUUCUCCGUUGUGUGCUCUCAGGAUCUCAUCGGUUUGAACUAUACCUUCGACGCUGACUUCGAAAACAUUUUUAACAACAAAUCGUGUAACAUACAUGACAAUUGGAAUCUGGUGGAAUAUUUUGACUUGAAUAUUUCUUCACCAUAUAAUAGUCGGAUGGGUAUUAGAUCGAGUAAUGAAAGUUGCACAACAUCUUUCCCUAUUGUGUUGUUUGAUAAUACCGUAUUGGAAUUUAACAUAUUUCUUGAUGUGACAGCUGAAGAAAGUGGAUUGAAAAUUAGUGUUUUUGAUGACAAUGAAUCAGAAGUCUCUUAUUGGUGUAGUAAAAGCAAUAAAAAUUACAACCGUGGAUGGAAUACAAUUUCUAUAACCAUACAUACAAAUGUAACAGGAUAUAUUAAUCUAAUUGGUCACAGUCAGAACCAUGAAAUUGUUAUUGUAGAUUCGUUUCAAUACAUCACAAGACCUAUUGUAGAUAGCCGAAUAAAAGAUGAAUUUUUAUUUGCUAAAAUUUAUGAAACAGAUGAAUUAAUGGAAAAUAUACAUGAAGAAAUAGAUUUGUUAUUUGAUUAUGAAGGCAGUGGUGAUGAAGGUUCUGGUGAAGAAUACGAUUUACAUCUAGGAGAAGAACUUGAAUAUGAUGAUCUAGAUGAAAAGGGCAUAACUAAAAUAGAAGAUUGUGAUAUAAAAUGGUAUUUGAUAGAAUAUCGGACAUUAAAUAUAUUUACUUCAAAUAUACAAAAAAUUCCUGUUGUUUUUUAUGGAUAUAAUAAAUCCAGUGAAAAUUAUACUCCUGGAUGGAACACGCUGUAUAUUGCAAUCAACGGAAACUUCAGUGGAUAUCUGAAUCUUCAAGGACGUAUUGCAGGCAAUGAAAUCAUUAUAGUCGAUUCAUUCAACUAUAUCGUCAAAACUAAACAUCAUGAUGAAGUUCUAUGGAACAGUAGUACAAUCGACAAAUCCGAAUCUCUAAUUUUAGAAAAUUUACAAUUACCAAGCGAUAUUAUAGAUGAUUGGAAGAAAGAUGGGUCAAGUGACAAUGUAGAUAACGAAAAUGGAUCUGGUGACAAUGAUGGGUCGGGUGACAAAAAUGAUAAUGAAAAUGGAUCUGGAGACAAUUAUGGAUCAGGUGAUAAUAUUGACGAUGAUAUAAAUUCCACAACACCAUCUGAUAUCACCGGUAUUCCAGAUAGACCAGCAUUUCAAUUCUGGAAUAAUUGGACGAUUACAUUAGUCGCCGUAGGUUCUUUUAUCUUAGUUUCAAUUAUGAUCAUAAUCGCCUAUUAUAUUGGUAAAAGGCGAGGUCAAGACGAUAAUGAUGUUGCGAUAGAAAGCUUGGAACCACAAAGGACAUUGAGAAUACCUCGUAUCAACAGAAUUUAUUCGGGUUUUCAGCUUAGAUAAAUGAAGAUCGAUAG